AUGGUCAACGCGAGCUUCACGCCCGAGGGCAACGUCCUCACGUACGUUAUGGGCGAGACGGGCGAGAUGGAGCCGGUGGUCUACAACCCGGGCGAUAUGGCGUGGAUCAUGGUGGCGUCGGCGCUCGUCAUGAUCAUGGCCCCAGGCGUAGCCAUGAUGUAUGCGGGCCUCUUACGGAGGAAGAACGCCCUCUCGAUGCUCUUCUUGGGGUUAGCCGUCUACUCGGUCGUGUCGGUCCAGUGGUUCUUCUGGGGCUAUUCGCUCGCGUUCAGCGACACGGCGUCAAACCCGUUCAUCGGUAACCUCGACCGUUUCGGCCUGAUGGGCGUUCUCGACGCUCCCUCGGUCGGCUCGUCCAAGAUCCCUGCGCUCCUCUUCUGCUUCUACCAGGGCAUGUUUGCCAACUUGACGCCCGUCAUCGCCGUGGCCGGUGUCGCCGAGCGCGCUCGCCUGCUCCCUGUCCUCGUCGUCAGCUUCAUCUGGGCCACGAUCGUGUACUGUCCAGUGGCUCACUGGACGUGGUCUGGAUCGGGCUGGGCCUACCUGCACGGCGACCUCGACUUUGCUGGCGGCGGGCCCGUGCACAUCACGAGCGGGACGGCGGCGCUCAUCUGGUCGCUCUACCUCGGCCGUCGUCGCGGCUACGGCACCGCCAAGCUCGCCUACCGACCUCACUCGGUCUCUCACGUCAUCCUCGGCACCUCGCUCAUCUGGUUCGGCUGGUUCGGCUUCAACGGCGGCUCCGAGGCCGCCAUGAACCUUCGCUCGGUCCAGGCCGGCAUCGUCACCAACGUCGCCGCCGCCAUGGGCGGCCUCACCUGGAUGACGAUGGACUUCUUCUACACGCGCAAGUGGUCCGCCGUCUCGCUCUGCUCGGGCAUCAUCGCCGGCCUCGUCGGCAUCACGCCUGCAGCUGGUUUCGUCGGGACGCCGUCGUCGCUCGCGAUCGGGUUCGUGACUGCCAUCGUCGCCAACUUUUCAACCGGCAUCAAGGUCCUGCUCAAGAUUGACGACGCCGUCGACGGCUUUGCGCUCCACGGCAUCGGCGGCUUCACCGGCGCCAUCCUCACCGGCCUCUUUGCCGACACGCGCGUCACGGGCUUCGACGGCUACUCGUCCGGCGGUGGAUGGAUCAACCACAACUACGAGCAGCUCGGCUGGCAGCUCGCGUCGGCCGUCUCGACCAUGGCGUGGACGGCGGUCGUCACGUACAUCAUCCUGUUCGUCGUUGACCACAUCCCGGGCCUCAAGCUGCGCUGCUCCGAGGAGGGCGAGAUCCUCGGCAUCGACGAGGACCAGUGCGGCGAGAUGGGCUACGACUACGUCUCGAUCCGCCGCGAGCUCGACGAGGAGCACGGCGACCUCGGCAACAUGUCGCGCUCGGUGUCGCACACGCCGUCGAACGAGAAGACGGGCCACCACCUCCCGGCGUCGGCAGGGUCGGACAUGACGGGCUCGUUGGCGCGCGAGGGCGCGGUCGCACCGGCGCCGUCGCCCUGAGUCUCUCCCCUCCCUCGCGCUCUCGUCCUUUCGCCUUUCUCUCUCUCCCUCUUCCUCUCCCUCCACUCUCGCGCCUUCCUUCGAGGCCCAUAAUGUGCCCAUCUGUGUCUACCCGUCCCUCGUCCUUCCUCUCCCUCCGUGUCUCGCUCUCCUUGGUCUAGGUCUUUGUCGUAGCGUUUCUCCUGUCGGCUCGCGUGCGAGCUGCAACCCAUCUGUCGCUCAU